AUGAUCAUGUACGAGCUUCUGCUGCAGCUUUCGCUUCGCUUCUUGUACAACAAGACCGCGUUCUCGAGCUGGGACCGGGACGUCGCACUCUUGCUUCGCUUGGAAGAUUUGUACCAGCACCUUUUCAACGAGGUUAUCAGUAUAGUGCGCCGCCAAUCCCACAUCCAGGACGUUAAUGCAAGAGACGCACUCACAUGUGAGCUCCGCGUCGUAAUUGCGUGUGUGUCGACGUUGUUUCGACUGGAAAGGAAGCGAAGGCGCGAGGUUAGUUCGGCCACCGGCGACAAGAAGUAUGCGGGUUUUAUAAAUUCGUUCCGGACAAAGCUUCACGACCAGAUUGACGAGGUCGACGAGCGCUUCCUCAUUGCUAUGGUGGAGGUCUUUCGGUGGAUUCCGAGGGCUUUCUUGGAUGAAUGGAUUGUGCUCUCUUUGAAAGAAUUACUGCAGGUACUGGAUGGUCUGAAUUGUGUCAUUAAACAGACCCCGAUACCGAUGGCGAAACAACUACAAUACGUUCGUCAUAUCCACGAAAGUUUUCAAGUAUUUGCAGUAAUUAUGAAGAGGAUUAGCGAUCCAGAUAUCCAAACAAUUCUCGUUCGGGUGCUGGGCAUGGACUGCUCGUCAAUAAUGUCACUUCUUCGCUUUGCCCUAUCGACCAACACAUUAUGUCUAAACGGUGGCCGCGACGCCGUGUGCAUCCAAAAGUUUGCCAUAGGUUUCCUGGGUGCUUUCGUGAAUUUGGACGUGGCUUUACCCGUUCAAACUGAGUGGAGUUCUAGAAAUACUAAACCGUGUGAGGACGGCAGCAUGCCUGAAGAUCAAGAGGUCAUCGAGCAGCUCAAAGGAGAACUACUGAUCCGGUUAUUAGGUCCUCGGGUGAUGACUGACGAUGGAGAGCAAAAUGACCAAAACUUGUGGGACUUUAUCCUCGGAUUAUUCUUUCCAAGUAAUGGAGUUAGCGCUGUCAGUGGCUCGUCACGCAUGCUCAGCCUCGCUGUAUCAUUUCGAUCAGUGACGACGCCGCCAACACUGCUUACAACCAUAGCAAGGGGGCACUUUCAGAUGAAAGAAUCCUUUCUGCAGUUGCAACAAGCACUGUAUACGGCUCAAGACGUGGCGUCUUCAGUGGACUAUGACAUCUGCGUUGCCAGUCAUAUGCGUCACAUUGCGGGGUAUUUCGAGCGUAUCGUUAAGAACGCGGCCCAAGAGGAGAAAUACAUGGUCUAUCGAGCAGCGGAACUGCAUUUCCGGUGUUUGGUCGUGUUAGCGAGUCGGAGGUCUCAAUUCCCUGCCAUCCAAGAAGCUUUCAACCACGCUCACGUGGUCGCGACCAUCCACUUUUUGCUACUGGAGCCCGGACUUCACGCCUUGGCUGUCGUGCUGCUGGUCUCCUUCGUCAUCAUAGACCCCAACUUGGAGAUAGACGAGAAAAUCUGCCCCCGCGUGUCUGUUCCAGAGCACGAUACAGCCACGAGUAGUAGACCAAAUGAACUGCUGUGGACGUUGCAGCAGCAUUUGGUGGCUGUGGAAAUGGACCAACGGUACUUCGAGGCUCUGACGUUGGAGAUGGAGACACUGCAAGCUUUUGUUUCCACUGCGCGGCUGUCUGCUAUCCGCUUGAUGUUGCGUCUGCUGUGUCCGAAUCGCUUCGACCGCAACAUGUACACGACGCAAACCAAGUCGGAUAGUGCACUGCUCGUAUCGAGCAAACAUUCGCGAGAGUACAUCGCAAAGGGGGCGUUUUCGACGGUGUAUAAGCAGCACCCCGCUCUACCUCGACCUGAAGCUGUCGCUAUCAAAGUAGUCGAGCACCAGAGGCGACCGGGGGAGUUGUGCUCUUUGAGUGGGGUCUACAACGAAGUAUCCAUCUUGUCGAAGCUUCGUGGGGAUCUAGCGGCUACUCAACUCGUGGACUUCGGCAAUCAUCACGCGGAACAAACCUUUGAGAUUGUCAUGGAGUACUGCCCGUGCUCGCUGACUGACUGGAGAGCUACAAUCGACCGGUCGGGCGGUGAAGCGCCAUUCCGAACGUGCUUGGUGAUGAUCCUUCGGGCGUUCGAAGAGGCCUGUCAGUGUCUCUCUCGCAUACACCAAGCAGGAGUCUGCCACUUCGACAUCAAGGUAAGGGUAGUAUACACUACUUGGAUCACAUCAGAAGCCUGGUUGUGCAUCGCCGACUUCGGCGAGUCCAAGCUCGUCGACUCGCACCAGUUGCCAGUGCGGACGUUCACGUUCUCGUCCUUCACAUCGGGGUGUGCGUCCCCCGUUGCCGUCCAGAGGACUGAGAAGUUCAUGUACUUGUCUCGAACACGAGGCACCGAGGCUAUCAAGAGCCCCGAGGUCUUGAUGAUCAAAGGCAGCGAAGACGUCGAGGUGAAGGUCACCCUCGCCAGCGAUAUCUGGUCUCUAGGGUGCCUUUUGUACGAACUGGUGACGCGGGAGCUGCUCUUCCAGAACGAUGACUGGGCAGGUCUGUACGCGCACCUCGUCGUCACCCAAGACCAG